AUGGCUGACAGCAGUACUCUGGUGUCUGAAACUGGGAGGAGCCUCUUGGCUGAUUCUUCUGUUCUUGAUUCAAAAAUUAUAGAAACCUCCAAAGAGAAUGUAUUCCGUGCAACUGUUCUGGAUGUUGAAGAAGAAAUGCCUCAAAUAGAAACAAGAGUGGUUUUGGUUCAGGAAGCAGGGAAACAUGAGGAGCUUCUGAAAGCCUUGGAGACUAUUAAGAUAAUGGAAGUACCUGUUAUAAAGAUAAAGGAAAGUAGCCCUGAUAAAUCAGAAGAAAAACUAAUAAAAAGUAUUAUUCAUAUGGAAAUUAAAACGCCCUACAUAAAGACAGACACAAUAGAAGAACUUGGAGAUUCUGAUUCCCCAGAAUUCGAGACAAUCUUCGUUGUGUCAGACUUCCAAGCUCCCAUCUUUAGCAACCUCUGCAGGGCAGACUGCCGAGUCAUCGGGCCGCCGGUGGUGCUGCACUGCGCGCAGAAAGGAGAGCCUUUACCUUUCUCCUGCCGUCCACUGUACUGUGCAAGUAUGUUGAACUUGGUACUGUGCUUUACAGGAUUCAGAAAGAAAGAUGAAUUAGUUAAGCUUGUGACCUUGGUUCAUCACAUGGGUGGAAUUAUUAGAAGGGACUUUAGCUCAAAAGUUACUCAUCUGGUGGCAAACUCAACACAUGGAGACAAAUUCAGAAUUGCUGUAAGUCUUGGUGUUCCUAUCGUGAAAGCUGAGUGGAUUUAUAAGGCAUGGGAGAAAAGGAAUGAAAUUGAUUUCUGUGCAGCUGAUGAUGACUUUAGAAACCAGUUCAAGGUUCCUCCCUUUCAGGACUGCAUGUUAAGUUUCCUGGGAUUCUCUGAUGAUGAGAAGGCUAACAUGGAAGAAAUGACAGAAAUGCAAGGAGGACAUUAUUUACCAGUUGGUGAUGAAAGGUGUACGCACUUGGUGGUUGAAGAAAGUACAGUAAAAGAUCUUCCAUUUGAACCUUUAAAAAAACUUUAUGUUGUAAAGCAAGAGUGGUUUUGGGGAAGCAUUCAAAUGGAUGCCAGAGCUGGAGAGUCCAUGUAUUUAUUUGAGAAGUCGGAGAGUCCUGACUUCAAGAAGUCGGUGUCGCUGCUUUCCCUGAGCACGCCCAACAGCAACCGCAAACGGCGCCGCUUGAAAGAGACUCUGGCCCAGCUGACCAGGGAAACAGACAUGUCCCCGUUCCCUCCUCGGAAACGGCCCUCAGCUGAACAUUCCCUCUCUAUUGGCUCCUUGCUGGAUAUUUCCAACACUCCAGAGUCGAGCACUGCCAAUGGAGAAACACCAAAAUCCUGUGCAAGACCUUCCAAAAACUCCACUCCUCUUCCUCUCAAGCAGUCUGCAAGAUGGCAAGUUGCAAAGGAAUUGUAUCAGACAGAAAGUAACUAUGUUGAUAUUUUGACAACAAUUAUUCAGUUGUUUCAAGUUCCAUUGGAGAAGGAAGGACAACUUGGGGGACCAAUCCUUGCACAGGAAGAGAUCAAGACCAUAUUUGGCAGCAUUCCAGAUAUUCUUGAUGUGCACACUAAAAUUAAGGAAGACCUGGAAGAUCUUAUGAUAAACUGGACUGAAAGCAAAAGUAUUGGUGAUAUCAUUCUCAAAUACUCAAAAGACUUGUUGAAAACAUACCCUCCGUUUGUGAAUUUCUUUGAAAUGAGCAAGGAGACAAUUACAAGAUGUGAAAAGCAGAAACCAAGGUUUCAUGCCUUCCUAAAGAUAAAUCAAGCUAAACCUGAAUGUGGCCGCCAAAGCCUCGCUGAGCUCCUUAUCCGUCCUGUUCAAAGGCUGCCCAGUGUUGCCCUGCUACUAAAUGAUAUUAAGAAGCAUACAGCAGAAGAGAACCCAGAUAAAAUAACUCUAGAGAGAGCUAUUGAAUCAUUAAAGGAGGUGAUGACACACAUUAAUGAAGACAAAAGAAAAACAGAGGCACAAAGGCAGUUCUUUGACGUUGUCUAUGAAGUGGAUGGAUGUCCAGCCAAUCUCCUGUCCUCCCACCGCAGCUUGGUGCAGCGUCUGGAAACUGUAGCACUUGGGGAUGACCUCUGUGACAGGGGAGAGCAGGUCACACUCUUUCUGUUCAAUGAUUGCCUAGAGAUUGCGAGGAAACGGCAUAAAGUUAUUGGAGCUUUCAAGAGUCCCCAUGGCCACACGAGGCCUCCUGCAUCUCUCAAGCAUGUUGUUCUCAUGCCUCUCUCCCAGAUCAAGAAAGUCUUGGACAUCAGGGAGACAGAAGAUUGCCAAAAAGCUUUUGCCUUAGUUGUGAGGCCACCAACAGAACUCAACAACAAGCUGCUCAGUUUCCAGAUGACAACUGAAGACCCUUGCAAGGAGGACUGGCUGAAGAUGCUGUGUAGGCACGUGGCCAACACUAUUUGUAAAGCAGAUGCAGAAAAUCUCAUUUAUAUUGCUGAUCCUGAUUCAGUUGAAGUAAAUACUAAAGAUAUGGACAGUACUUUAAGCAGAGCAUCCAGGGCAAUAAAGAAAACAUCAAAAAAGGUCACAAGAGCCUUUUCUUUCUCCAAAACCCCCAAGCGAGCUCUGCGGCGGGCUCUGAUGUCUCACAGCGCCACGGAAGGGCGGAGCCCCAGCUCUAACGAGAGUUUCCUCGGCAGCCGCCUGAGCAGCACCUCCUCCCUGGCGAGUGUUCCUUCUCCUUCCUUGGUCAGCCUUCCCUCGAUCUUUGAAAGGAGGAGUCACACAUUAAGCCGAUCAACAACCCACUUGAUAUGA